AUGUCAUCAACAGCACCAACCGACUCCAGUUCUACUGGCGGUUUUGCUUUGUAUCACUACUAUCCCAACAAGGGAGCUGCAGGCGCCUUUGUCGCCCUCUUCACCUUAUCUGCUCUCGCACACCUAUACAAGCUAGUACGACAUAGAGUGUGGUACUUCAUUCCAUUUAUUACUGGAUUGAUAUUCGAGGCGGUCGGCUACUUGGGAAGGAAUAUUUCUGCGGGACAGUCACCUAAUUGGACGACAGGCCCAUAUAUCCUUCAAAGUUUGACGUUGCUUCUUGGACCUACACUGCUUGCUGCAUCCAUUUACAUGACGCUCGGCCGCCUGAUUCGUCUGCUACAUGCCGACGCGUACUCGCUCAUCAGGACGACGUGGCUGACCAAGGUCUUCCUUUUUGGUGAUGUGUCUUCUUUCUUCAUACAGUCCGCAGGAGGUGGCAUGCUCGCCAACGCCAAAAUGAAGUCCACGAUAGACUUGGGCGAGAACAUUAUCACAGGUGGUCUCAUAUUUCAAGUCGUAUUCUUCGGCUUUUUCAUGGUCGUUACCUGCGUCUUCCACCGGCGUAUCAUGCGCGCGCCCACCCCGACCUCGCUAACCAUUGCCGUUCCAUGGCAGCGUUUCUUCUACGUUCUGUACGCCGCUAGCAUCUUGAUCAUGGUACGAUCCGUAUUUCGUAUCGCCGAGUUCGCCGGCGGGUUCUCUGGUCCCCUGCAGUCGAGCGAAGUUUACAUAUAUAUUUUUGAUGCCACUCUCAUGCUCAUUACAUCGGGUCUUUUCUUAAUAUGGCAUCCAGGCACCAUUGUAGUGCUAGAGAGUAAUGGAAGCAUACCCUUGUUCGAUAGAGUUAAUUAUAGUUAUGCAGAAACCUAUUCGUGA